CAAAAUUUGAUUACGGGGUUGCCCGCCAUGCAUUGUGCGUUUCUUCAGUUUUGUGUUUAAGUGGAAGCCUAGGAAUGUGAAAUUGUUCAAGAAAAUAGUUACAUCGACUGUCCAAAAGAUGUACCUUGAUGCUCGUCUUCGUGAGAUUUUGGUUGAGCUCUUAACCGUUCAUCCCUCCCCUCUCCUCCCUAAAUAAAACUCCCUACCAAGGUCUUUUUACUUAUAACCUGGUAUUAUACUUGGCCGCGAAAAAGCAUGGAGAAACUGCUGAUGAGUAAAUAAACAUUUUUUGAAGCACGCGCGAGCGGGAAGAAGUCACGACUAUGUCUGAUGCAACUGAAGCUCCACUUAGGCUUGAUGGCAAGUAUGGGGCAAUCGUUGUUUGUUGGAUCCUUGGACUUGGUGCUCUUGUUUCCUGGAACAGCAUGUUGACAAUAGGAGAUUACUACUAUAAACUGUUCCCACACUACCAUCCUGCAAGGGUACUUACACUGGUUUAUCAACCAUUUGCACUUGUAACAAUGGCUAUACUUGCACAUUUUGAGUCGAGGAUUGAUACAAGGCGGCGUAACUUGACCGGAUUCAUCCUUUUCUUCCUAAGCACCUUGGCUCUCCUAGUUUUGGAUUUAGCCACAUCAGGAAAGGGAGGAAUUGGAAAUUAUAUUGGCAUAUGUAUCAUUGUUGCUGCCUUUGGAGUCGCAGAUGCUCAUGUUGAAGGAGGAUUAGUCGGAGACCUAUCGUUCAUGUCCCCCGAGUUCAUCCAAUCCUUCCUAGCUGGUAUGGCUGCAUCAGGAGUUCUCACCUCUGCCUUGAGGCUAAUCUCCAAAGCUGCAUUUGAAAACUCCAAUAAUGGUCUUCGCAAGGGAGUUAUGUUAUUCCUUGCAAUCUCGACACUCUUCGAGUUUGUAUGCAUCUUCCUAUAUGCAUUCUUCUUCCCUAGACUACCGAUUGUGAAGUACUACCGCGCAAAGGCAGCAUCAGAAGGAUCAAAAACUGUUUCAUCAGACCUUGCAGCUGCCGGCAUUCCAACAGAAGCAAGCCAAGGAGGUGAAGAUGGUGAUAAACUGCAACAGCGACUAAGCAACAAACAAUUAUUCUUUCAGAACAUAGACUAUGCAUUGGAUUUGAUCUUGAUUUAUGUCCUGACUUUGUCAAUUUUCCCUGGCUUCUUGUAUGAAAACACGGGAUCACACCAAUUGGGCUCCUGGUACGCACUUGUUCUGAUAGCAAUGUACAACACUUGUGAUUUUAUAUCACGAUACAUUCCCCUUAUCAAAAGCCUCAAGUUAAAAUCGAGAAGAGGGCUUAUGCUUGCAACGAUGUCUCGCUUCUUGUUCAUCCCUGCAUUCUAUUUCACUGCAAAAUAUGGCGAUCAGGGAUGGAUGAUAAUGCUGACAUCCUUGUUGGGACUGACAAAUGGCUAUCUCACCGUCUGCAUCCUCACAGAAGCUCCAAAGGGCUACAAGGGUCCGGAGCAAAAUGCACUGGGGAAUUUGCUUGUGCUGUGUCUUCUAGGGGGCAUAUUCUCUGGAGUUGCUCUUGGUUGGCUGUGGCUUAUUGGAAAUGAGCAGUUUUAAAAGCACAAUUUCUUCAGACAUGGAUGUGGAACAUACUUUGCUGCUGAAUUUUUCAACUUGGAUAUGGAACGGAAGCCUUGAACCAUCAAUUCAGUGGCACAUACAUAGUGUAGCAUGUUGCUUGUUAAUUGCCAUACAAAACCAUCCUUUGGUUGUCAAUUUGUUGUUCCAGAGCUGUAUGAGUUCUGCUUGUUAAUUUUUUUGUAUAUUUGAAUUUUAAACUAUCAAUUUAACAAAAUAAUUAUUUACUUGUGGAUGAAAAA